AAACAGUUUAGUGCUUUACAUUUAAUAAAAAUAUUCCAAAUUUAUUAAAAUGAGUACCAGCAAGCGCAGAUAUUCAUCAUCUGGAAGCGACAGCGCUGAGGAAACUAGAAAAAAGGAUCUUAAGGAACGAGAUGAAUUCGCAACACGACUGAAAAAACGUGAUGAAGAAAGAGUUAAAAAGGUGGCCGAAUCUUCUAGUAAAAGGUCAUAUGAAGAAGCUGCUAAGCGUCUGAAGUUGGAAGCCGAGGACCGGGACAAGUUGCUACCGAAGCUGCGCGUUCAGUCCCGCCGCAAGUAUUUAGAGAAGAGGAAGGAUGAUAAGGUUGUCGAACUAGAGGCUGAUAUAGCGGAUGAUGAGUACCUCUUCGAAGAAAGCACAUUAACAGAAAGAGAAAAGAGGGAAAGGGACCAUAAAAAGACAAUUCUACAAUUGGCUAAAGAACAUGAGAAGGCUAGAGAACUGGAAAAUGUCCAGAGAUACCACAUGCCUCGGGAUCUGGGGAAAGGAGAAAAAGGUGAAUAUGUUGAAGUAGAUGAGAAUGAGAAGCUGCCUCACUCAGAGCAGCGCAAGUGGGAACAGGAACAGAUCAAGUCGGCAUUCUUCAAGUUUGGUGCCAAAGAUGCCAAAGCUCAAAAUGAAUAUGACCUCUUACUUGAUGAGCAGAUUGACUUCAUACAGGCCCUGCAACUGGAAGGCACUAAAGAGAAAAAAGAAGAGAAGGAAAAAUCUGAAUACCAGAAAAUGCGCAUGACAAUUGAGGAGACUAAAAAAUCACUACCUGUUUACCCAUUCAAAGAGUCAUUGAUAGAAGCCAUAAGAAAUUAUCAAAUCUUGAUUGUGGAAGGAGAAACAGGCUCAGGGAAAACCACACAGAUUCCACAAUAUCUUUAUGAAGCUGGAUUUACAGAUGAUGGAAAAAAAAUUGGAUGUACUCAACCAAGAAGAGUGGCAGCCAUGUCUGUAGCAGCAAGAGUUGCACAGGAAAUGAAUGUUAAACUUGGAAAUGAGGUUGGAUACAGUAUCCGAUUUGAAGACUGCACAUCAGAUAGAACUGUAAUUAAAUACAUGACAGAUGGAACACUUCACAGAGAAUUCUUAUCGGAACCAGAUCUGGCCUCAUACAGUGUAAUGAUUAUUGAUGAAGCCCAUGAGCGUACAUUGCACACAGAUAUAUUGUUCGGACUUGUCAAGGAUAUCACUAGAUUCAGACCUGAUUUAAAGUUACUUAUAUCAAGUGCAACAUUAGAUGCAGAAAAAUUUUCAAAGUUUUUUCAGCCCCCCCUUUGCUACAGUCCAACCAAGCGAUGUUAA